AUGCGUAGAGAAAAAGAGGCAUGGGAGGAACAGUUGAAGAAAGAAAGAGACACACAACAGGAAGAAGAAAGGCUAAGGAGACAGAAGGAGGUAGAAACUCUUGGAGAACAGGAGGAAAAACAGAGGAGAUUGAGAGAGCAGUUUGAAAGAGAGAGGGAACAAGAUAGAAUAAAGAUGGAGGAAUCAGAAGAGCAGAGGAGAGAAAUAGACCAAAAAGAAAGAGACCGAAUAGAAAAACACUUUGAAGAAAAGAGGAGAGAGUUGACAGACAAAAUGACAAUGCAACAAGAGCAGUGGGAGAGAGAACGUAGAGAGGAACAGGAAAGAAGAUUUCAAGAGAAUGUAAAUCGAGGAGUGGAGGAGAGACUAAGACUAAGAAAACUGGAGGAAACAUUUCAAGAAGAACGUGAAGAAGAAAACAGGAGGAAAGAGGAGGAAGAUAAAGUCAGGAGAGAACAAGAAGAGAAGAAAUUGAAGGAAAUGAAGGCAGAUUAUGAAAGGAAAACAAAAGAAAAGAAGGAUAAAUAUGAACAAGAGGCCAGAAGACAUGCAGAGGAAAUGAAUAACUUUAAAGAGAAAUAUGAAAAUGACAUCCAAAAACUAUUGGAUCAACUUGAAGAAGAGAAGGAGAAACUAAGACAAAAGCACAAAGAGGAGUGUGAUCGUUUAAAGGAUCAAUAUGGUGAUAAUGAAAAAGCACUGACUGAUAAAAUGAAGGAAUUGGAGGAAAAACAGAAAGAAGAGAUAGAAAACAUGACAACGGUAAAGGGAAUCGCUAAACAAGUGGUGAACAAAUGUACUAUGCAGUGAGAGUCUUAACUACACGACAAUGUGCAUUAGUUUAAACUAGUCCCAUUCAAAUAAGGCUUAACCCUAUGAUAUUUACUGCCCUAAUACAUAGAUUUGUUUUAAAAUAGUAAUAACAACAUUACUGAUGGAAAUGAAUAUGUAUAUACUGUAUGUAAAUACAACAUAGUACAUAAAAUGUCAAUACCUACUGGACAGUAAUGAUGAUGAUGAUGAGGAGGAUGAAGAUGGUGUAAUAGCUGAAAUAGUAUAAAACUAAGAUCUUUGCUCCACAUUCCUUUAACAACAGUGUUGUAAAUCACAUGUUUAAACUGCUAUAGCUAUAGAACGAUAACUAUAAAUGUGCAGAAUGUUCACCUGUACUAUCCCAGAGAAAUUGGCAGAGGCCGGACACCUGUACCUGCGUCCUAAAUAGUAGGCUGUUUGGGUAUGCAAAAAUAGAAAUUUAUAUAGUAGCCUAUGUGAAAUUUCUUGCCUACUAAUUACUAAAACGACAUACUGUGUACUAAUCAUACUACAUACUAGAUAGAACGUAUCGUUUAGUAAAAACACAUUCAGAAAGCAACAAAUGUCAACAUACUACUUAUCCGUACUGAGAAGGCUUCAUCUAAUGCGCAAUCGCGAUUGUCCCGCUCCCUUGGUUUAUUUUUGUAGAGUGCGUCCCCUAUUCUGAUUACCAGCUGUUGUCAAACACACUUGUGAGAAGACGAUUCUCUUCCUCAAUAGGGUGCAGUGAAUUCUACUAGAUGAAAGGCCAAAUGAGUAUGACAUCCUGGCAUUUAAGCAUGCUUGAUGUUUGAAAUUUCAACAUACUAUAAAACUCUAAUUUCACAUACACAAAAAGCCUACUAUGUAGAACGCAAGUGUGGGUAUUCAGUCACGGCAAAUGUUUUAAAUGCAAGGAUGUUAUUCUCAUUUCGGUUAAGAAUUCACUGCAUGCUAUUGAGGAAGAGAAUUAUCUUUUCAGACCCAGUUGAGUUUGACAACAGCUGCAAAUAAGAUCAGGGGACGUGUUGUACCAAAAUGAACGUAUGGCAGUAAACAACGCAAUUGGGCAUUAGAUCAGUUUCCCAACCCCCCAAGUACCCCCAAGAGCACAAAUUUUUAUUGUAGGCCGGACAAAAACACCUGAUUAACACUUGUCAAGGGCUUGAUGAUUAGAUGACAAGUAGAAUAAGGGGUACUUGUCUGUGUGCCACAGAAAUAUGGUACUACUUCUGGUUGUACUUGAGGACCAGAAUUGGGAAACACUGCAUUAGAUGACACAUUCUCAGUAUGUAUGUCCUAGUAUGUAUGAUCCUAGUAUGUAUGAUCCUAGUAUGUAUGAUCCUAGAACAUUUAUAUUUGUUGCUUACUGCAUUAUUUUUUUUUUACUUAACAGUACAUUUUAAUUAGUAUUUAGUAUGAUUACAGAUUUCGUACACACCCAUUGCCUUCCUGGCCUGUACUAGCAGCCACUGCCUUGCUUUUAUUUGUUGAUUUCAUAUGUUUAACUUUUAUAUACGUGACUGUGCUUUAUAUAUCCUGAUGCUAUUUCUGCCUUUUGUGCUGUUCAAACCAGAGAAUAACAGACAAAAGAGACAUAUCAACACAUCUGUUAAUUAUUGAUUUAUAUCAGUUAACAACUGUUCCCAGAUAUUAAUUUCUUGUAGUUCUUGCAUUCUAAAUAUUUAGACUGAUUGGGUGUGUGAAAAUACAAUGUUUUAUAGUAGACUAUGUGAAAUGUAUAGUAGACUAUGUGAAAUAAUUAUUAAAGGUCCAGUGCACUACAAAAAAAAUAAAACAAUUGUUGUUUAUAAAAAAA